UCUCAGGGAAGGGCUCUCCGGCCAAUUAUAAAUACUUACUUCUUUCUUUACCUACAAUGCAACCGCUUCAUUUCUUUCUUUCUUUCCUUAUUUUCUUUUCUUUCUCCAAAUUAUUCUCUGUUUCCGUCCUCAUUCACGAUGACUAUUCUCAUUGAGCAACCUCCCUUUGAAUUUGAGUUUGAGGUAGAGGAAAAGAAGAUCCAUGCUGAUGAGAAAGAAGAAGUAGUGUUGGAGGGUGGAUUUGUGGUGCCAAAUACCAACUCUUUUGGCCAAACUUUUAGAGAUUAUGAUGCUGAAGGGGAAAGGCAACCUGGUGUGGAGAAUUUCUACAGGAUCAAUCACACUAACCAGAGCUAUGACUUUGUGAAAAGGAUGAGAGAAGAGUAUGGAAAGCUGAACAGAGUGGAGAUGAGCAUAUGGGAAUGCUGUCAACUUCUUAAUAAUGUAGUGGAUGAGAGUGAUCCUGACUUGGAUGAACCUCAAAUUGAGCAUUUGCUCCAAACAGCUGAAGCCAUUAGAAAGGACUAUCCUAAUGAAGACUGGCUACACUUGACUGGCCUUAUUCAUGAUCUUGGGAAGGUGCUUCUUCAUCCCAGCUUUGGUGAGCUUGCCCAGUGGGCUGUCGUAGGUGACACUUACCCUGUUGGAUGUGCUUUUGAUGAAUCAAUAGUCCAUCACAAGUAUUUCAAGGAAAAUCCUGACUUUAAUAAUCCUGCUUACAAUACUAAAUAUGGAGUUUACUCAGAAGGAUGUGGAUUAAAUAAUGUGAUGAUGUCAUGGGGACAUGAUGAUUACAUGUAUUUGGUGGCCAAGCAGAAUAAGACAAGUCUACCUUCAGCAGCUCUUUUCAUUAUCAGAUACCAUUCAUUCUAUGCAUUACAUAGAUCAGGAGCAUACAAACACUUGAUGAAUGAAGAGGAUAUUGAAAAUCUGAAGUGGCUUCAAAUAUUCAACAAAUAUGACCUGUACAGCAAGAGCAAAGUUCGAGUUGAUGUGGAAAAGGUCAAGCCUUACUACCUCUCCCUCAUAGAUAAGUACUUCCCAGCAAAGCUAAAAUGGUGAAUCUUGGAAGACUUGAAGCUCUAUUAGGAAAGAUGAGAGUGAAUUACUAGAAAUUAAAAAUGUUCUGAAAAAUAAUGGCAGUAGUUAUAUAUUUUUGUACAUUAUGUCUUGAAUGUAACAAUUUAAUAUCAGUUUGGUUAUAACUAAUAAAGUUAAUAGUCAGUAUCCAUCUGAAUAA